AGCGUGACAGCUGAGCUCACGUCCCUGAGCGUCAGAUAGGCAGACAUCAGAUGAAAUCAAAGGGAUAGAAACUGCUGAUUUCGAUUGUUUAUCUCCGUCUGUCCUGAAAUAUAUCUAAAAAACAUUCAGCGGUAUCAUGAGUUGAUUUAAUCGCAGUUUUAGGAGAAGAUCUUGGGCAGGGGCUGAACAUGCGUCCCUGCUCUACUGUCAUGCACCUGCUGCUGCGAUGCAUGCGCGGAUGUGGCAGACACAGUCGCAGUCGCAUGCCCAGAAGACUGAGGCAGCCUAUGAGCUACAUCAAACUGAUCUUCAAAUCCCUUUAUUUUAACUCGCUCACUAACUCUGAAGUGGUACUUGACUGCAUCCUUGAACCAGUGUUUUGGAUGGUGGAGGUUAUCACACGAUGGUUUGGAAUGGUUUUUGUGUUUUUGGUAGUAGCUCUUACCAGUUCUGUGGUUUUCAUCGCAUAUGUAUGCCUUCUACCAUUGGUCCUUCAAACGUACUCUCUUGGCUGGAUGAUGUGGCACAUUUGUUAUGGGAAUUGGAUCUUGGUCAUGAUAGUCUUCCAUUACUACAAAGCCACAAACACUCCUCCUGGAUACCCUCCAAAGAUGAAAAACGAGGUCCCGUUUGUGUCUUUCUGUAAAAAGUGUGUCAUUCCUAAACCAGCACGAAGUCAUCACUGUGGCAUCUGUAAAACAUGUAUUCUAAAAAUGGAUCAUCAUUGCCCUUGGCUUAACAACUGUGUUGGCCAUUACAAUCAUCGUUACUUCUUCUCCUUUUGUCUCUUUUUGACUUUGGGCUGCAUGUAUUGCAGCAUCAGCGGUCGCAAUCUGUUUAUCGAUGCAUACAAUGCCAUAGAUCAAUUCAGACACUUGGAAGCGGAGAAACAGGGUGUCCCGGUGACAGGGAUUGGGUUGCUCAUCGGCAUUGUCCCGUCAGAAGGCGUGACUGGGAAGGGAGUACAGGAAAUUUCACAACCUCCAUACACCUACAAAGACAGGAUGUUUCACAAGAGUGUUAUCUACAUGUGGGUCCUUACAAGCACAGUGUCAGUCGCUCUAGGAGCUCUCACACUGUGGCAUGCUGUACUUAUCACCCGUGGAGAAACCAGCAUUGAACGCCAUAUAAACAACAAAGAGGCCAAACGUUUAGCUAAACGUGGAAAGGUCUAUCGUAAUCCUUUUAGUUAUGGCAAACUAAACAACUGGAAGGUGUUCUUUGGUGUAGAAAAGAGAAGUCAUUGGCUGACUCGUGUUCUCCUGCCCUCUGGACACACCCCAUAUGGUGACGGACUGACAUGGGACAUUUACCCUCUUAAAAAAGACAUGCUGCCAGUUUGAGACAUUAAAGACUUGACUGUCUUAGUUGGCGAUGACCAACAUGCUCCUCAGGGUGAGUCUCACCUGCUGUGCCAAGGCUGAAUGCAGAACCAGAACCCUGGGAACACAGGAGUCUGCAGAGCCCAGAUUUAGACAGUGAUCUCACUGGAGAACUUUUUCUCUUUCUGGCCAAAUGAAAGGGCUGCCCUCCAAAAAAUUCCAUGCAUAUUUUGGAUGGUUCUCUCAAUAUUUUAUAAUGAAAUCAUGACAGCUGUCUGUGCGAUCUAUGGAAGAUACUGUACUUAAAGGGAUAGUUCCCCCCGAAAAUUAAAAAACAGUCACCAUUUACUCACCCUCCACGUCAAGUUUCUUUCUUCUGUUGAACACAAAAAAAGAUAUUUUGAAGAAUGUUGGUAACCAAACA